CACAUUCUUUUUUCCUCCCAGGUGAAUGUGUACAAAACAUAACCAGCCCUCUGAAGCAGUUUACACAAUCAAGUUCUCUCCUUUCAGGGGAUGGCCCGGGUCCAGGAUGGGCACACAGAGGAAUAUGACAGCUCUGUGAUGUUAGAAGAUGGUCAAGAUGGAAUGGACAGUGAUAGCCUGACUCCAGGUUUAACUCGAGAGGUUUGCAUCCAACGUCAUCCAAGCCACGGCUUCGGUUUUAUUGCUGGCAGUGAACGGCCUGUCGUUGUGCGCUCUGUCUCUGCGGACGGACCAUCAAGUGGCAAGCUUUAUCCCGGAGAUCAGAUCCUAGCCAUCAACCAGGAACUUGUGAGCGACGUUCCCCGGGAGAAAGUCAUAGACCUUGUAAGGUGUUGCAGGGACUCGAUUGUUCUCACUGUGCUGCAACCACAACAGUCACCUAAGUCUGCCUUCAUAAGUGCAGCCAAGAAAGCUCGUCUGCGAACCAAUCCCCCCAAAGUGCGCUUUUCUGAGCAAGUGUCCAUCAGCGACCCAGACUCAACCAUGCUUAAAGACGACUCUCUGCUUCUGAUACCAAAUGUGUUGAAGGUGUUUCUUGAAAAUGGACAGAUCAAAUCCUUUACAUUUGACAGCCGCACCACUGUUAGGGACGUGAUUUCAUCACUGCAGGAUCGCCUCUCUCUACGCUACAUUGAGCAUUUUGCUUUGGUGUUGGAGUCUGGUGGACUGGCUCAGAAUCAGAGGCUGCAUCUACUCCAGGAAAACCAGCCACUGUCUCAUGUAGUCCAUAGGACUUACUUCCAAGGAAUGAAGUGUCUUUUCCGUAUCUGCUUCUUCCCAAAGGACCCCUCUGAUUUGUUAAGGAGAGACCCUGCUGCAUUCGAGUACCUCUACAUACAGAGCCGCAAUGACGUCAUUAAAGAGCGAUUUGGAAUGGACUGGAAGUUUGAUGUCACACUUAGGUUGGCAGCCCUUCACAUCUACAUCACUGUGUCAAUUGCGAGACCUAAUCAGAAGAUCUCUCUAAAGCAUGUUGAGAAAGAAUGGGGCUUAGAACCUUUCCUUCCUUUGGCUUUGUUGCCAACCAUCAAGGAAAAAAAUGUCUGCAAGACUCUCUCACAGCUUUUGAAGACAUAUCAGCAUCCCCCACCAGCUGGUAAUAAGGUUUCUCCUCUUCAAGGAAAACUACAAUACAUGCGUGUCUUGAAUGACCUUCCACCAUUUGGAGGCUUCUUGUUUCACACAGUUGGCUUGGAUGAGAAGCAAUCAGCCACUACCCUGUUGGUCGGACCACGCCAUGGCAUCAGUCAUGUGAUCGACCUGAAGAACAACCUAACAACUGUCUUAGCAGAGUUCAGCCGUGUUGCCAAAGUCCAGCUGUUUAGAGAGCAUCAUGGAGUAGCCCGGGUCGAGGUUGUUAUUCUGGACGCAAAGCCCUUGGUCUUGUUAAUGGAGUGGCCAGAUGCAUCAAACUUUGCCUGUUUGAUCUCUGGCUAUUACAAGCUAUUUGUGGACCCUAAAAGGACUAUCUACUGCAGGAUACCUGGUCAGCCUUAUGUGAUCAAGGCAGAUUGCAGAAGCUCCCAUGCCCAAACCCGUUCUGGAGCCACUGUGUUAAGUGGAAGUGCUCGGGAAGAGCGAGAGACAUCGUCCAGAGAGACAACACAGAAGACAUCAGCAUCGCCCAUACCUCAGCACCUUGGCCUAUGCCACAUUCAUUUGAAAGAGCAACAACAGCUGCAAGAGUUUCAGAUACAAGCUGAACAGGAACUUGACGUUAACGAGAACCUCAUUUCGCAGGUGCAGAGUCGCUCACGAACAAAGUCUGACCCCACUUUAAAGAGCACUGAAUCUGUGGCUGAACACGAUGGACCCACUGAGGAGAGCUCGAGCUUCAGGAACAGAGCAAAAACACUGGAGCCCUCACAAAAGUUUUUUUGUGAAUUUUGCAAGGCAAAACUCCAAGCUGAAGGUAUAAUCCAAAAAACUGGGGAGACUGGAAGACUCAUUUUGCAGCAGUGCACAAAUGCAUGUUCUUCUCGUGAAGGAGGGGCUGUUGACCUCAUUGCCUUACCACUACCUGGGAAUGAGGAAGAUGAGGAGAUAGAGGAUGGAGGAGGAAAACUGCAACCCCCCACUCAUGCUGCAAUUGCAGCACCACCCCCAGGGUUUCGUGAUAACAGCUCUGAUGAAGAUGAUCCGAAAAAGGGUCGGAAAGGAAUCAAAGCCUCCACUGCUGUGGCACAGGGUCAAGAUGAAGUUCCGGUAACACUGAUUGAUAAUGUGACAACAAGAACAGUUCAAGACCAUGCUCAGGAGUUAGAUGAUGCAUUAGUAUCUACCCUACAGGCGCUGGAAGCACUAGCUGCAUCGGAGGAUUACCCACACCAUCAACAGCAGACACCACAGACAACAGGGUUGAUUGUACUGGCUGCCAUAACUCCUGAAUCAUCUCUAGACUCUGGACAUGAGACAAAUUCAUCAGAGUUAACUGAUGUGUCGGAGAUGGUGUCUGCAAUGAAGCAACAUCAGAACCAGGCCUAUUUACUAGCCCACCACAUCAACAAAGAGCGACUUUUCAGUCGACGAGAUUUCCCCUUGACAAUCCCUGGCUGUACAACACAAGCUAUUGGUGGAGGGGCUUUUUCAAUGAGUCAGAUCCGUGGCAGCUGUCCACCAAAGCCUGUAAUUUUAAGUAAGACCUUGCCCCUAAAAAUAUCUCCAAAUAAAGAAAUUAGUCACUCUGAUAAGUCUGCUGAGUGGGGCAAAAGCCAUGAAGCCAACGGUGAGAAGGAUAUAGAAAUAACUGAAAAGGGCCUUGUCACAGAAUGCUUGGAAGAAUCGAAACUGCAAAUUUCUGAGGAACUUAAAGCACCAGAACAUGGGAGUGCUCCCCAAGUCAACACAGAACUACUUCUCGCUAAUGAAGAAAAACCAAGCACCAUUACCUCAGAAGGUGCACAGGAAGAAGACUCUUGUGCAAAAACCCUUGAAACUACUAGUAUAGCCUUACCUGUUCUCUUGCCUGUGGAUAGAACUACAUCUGCAAAGAUUUGUUCAACAAAUAGGUGCCAAGAUGCCAAGAAUGCCUCAAGUGAGACCACUAAGCCUUCAAGUUCAAAAGGCCUUCUACCAACAGCUGACUUAUUCUGCACAUGUCCAAUACGACCAGAGCCUGGCCCACAGGUGCGUCUGAAAGAUCCACAGGUUCAAAAACUGGUAGUGUUUCACUCACUGUCUCCCACAGAUGAUGAGCGUCUCCAUGCUAAAGGACUUCAGUUAGCUAAAGAGGACACUGCAAAGACAUCUGAUGCAAGCUUAGUGACGCCCAACACCCUGCCUUCUACUAAGUACUCACCAGUUAUGUCUGCUAAAGUAGAAAAAAAAGAGAUGUCAGAGGCAAAGGCAGAGAACUCCCAGAGUAAAUCCCCUGUGGAAAUACAGAAAGUUGCUAAAAGUUUACCUGUUAAUGUAGACCCAACACAUAUGUUGAGUUGUGUGGAAAAGGGUGCAACGAUCCCAGGUGCUGAGUAUAAGAAACAGGCAAAUAACAAAGGCAAAUCUCAGCGAAGUACUCCAUUCCUAAGUUUUAGGAACUUAAUUUCAGCCACUUUUCCUGCACGUUUGCGCAGAGAAACAGAUGAGCGUCGUGCACAACUUCAAAAGGUCAGGCAGUAUGAGCUAGAGUUCCUAGAGGAGCUUCUAAAACCUAAAACAUCACAAGGAGAGUUCUUGCCACAGGGAUCUUCUCCUGUUCCUUCAUUUACCCCAUGUGCCUGCCAGCUGCGCACAAGUCCUGUACAAAAAGUUCCUGGGAUCUCAAGAGAACAGAGGCGCAGUUGUGAUUGUAAAAGAAUGUGCCGUGGAAUGCGUCUCCCAGAUACAGCUGUUGGUUCUGCAACAGAACAGAGAGGAAGAGAACGGGCAAUUUCUAAAACACCCCCAGCUAUUCCAAAGUCUCCACAUACUCCACAAGGUGAAUUGCAAAAAAAUCAGACUUUAGAAAUCAAAACUACUCGAAUCCGUUCCACAAGUCUUGAGUCAAGGGAACCCAGAGAUAUACCAACAUCAUGCUUGCCCAUGUGCACCACCCGUACAGAAUCCAUAGGUGCACCACAUUACAAAAAGCUACAAAGGAGAUAUAGUAUAGGGGAAAUCGAAAAUAAUGGCAGCACCCCCCUGUAUGCUGAAGUUAAAACUACAAAAGCAAAGAGCCUUGAGAAAGAAAUGGAAAGAGUCAGGGCCACUGGACUUAGACUUCCAACUCCAGUGGAGCCUGUACAUACUAAAGAUGGGGACGCAAAGAAGAUAUUUUAUAUUCAGGGAGAGGAGAUCCUUCAGGAAAGUCGUGAGGGUACAGCUGAAGUUCUAGGAUUACCAAGUGAGGAUACAGAGGACAGAGAAAAAUGUUGCUCUUUCUGCUUUUGUUAUCGCAAAUGUGAGGCUGCUGAUGAAAGCAGCGAAAAAGAUGAACUCUCUUAUUCCAUACCCUUACAAGUCUUGCCUGGAAUGCAUCUAGAUUCCAGAACAAUGCCAGUGAUCAGCAAAACUCUUCAGGUACUUGAUGCAGAGGACUGCUGUGGAGAAGAGGAGGUGCAAGAAGAGGAGCCACAAACACAAAGGAUUGAUCUUCGUGUAUGUGGGAACCUGGAAGCUAGCUUGGCAAGAGUAAAAUCUUUGCAAGACAAAACAUUCUCGUUGCCGGAUGGAUUCUUAAAUGCGCAGCUUGACGCAAAUGAGCUGCUCUCAAUUUUAAGGCAGUGUGCCAACAGUCCCCAAAUAGAGGGUGAACCACGUAUCCCUUCUGCAACACUUGCAGAGUACAAGCAAGAACUUGCAGUCCGUUUUAAGGAGUUCAGGGCAUCGUGUAGACGAGUGGCAAGUGUUGAGAAAAGUCCCUCGCGAAUGCUAAGUGCUGUCACAGCUAGCUUUCAGGUGCUGUGUAACCUUACUCAGACAUUCAUUCAACUGGUCAGGGGAGUAAGAUCUGAAACUCAAAAACUACAGCUUUUACGUAAGGUAGAGGAGGUAGCCGUCAACUACACACUUCUUCUCCGUGCUGCUGAAGAGGCAAUGGGACAUUCUAGUAGCCUCCCAAAUAAAACUGCAAGUCCUCAAGUUCAUAUAUCUAUUAAUAUGGGCUCUCUUAAUCGCUCUAUCAAAACCUUGCCCAGCAAAUAAUAACUUUGUGGGGUAAACCAGAAAGACACUCCGGCAGGAAUCUCUUUAGAUCAUUCAUUGGUUUACAUUUUUUAAAUUACCUUUCUGUUCACUGCCUGCUAAAUUCUGUAACUGCAUAUCUAUCUACUGUUUUAUGUUUAUUAAGGUUGUGCAACUUGUACCCUUAAAUGAUUUUUUGUCAUUAAUUGUGCACAGAUUUGAAGAAAAAAAUGUAGAAGUUCAACAGGGCUGUUCACUCUCAUGUACUUAGAGAAAGAGUACUAAGAGUACUGUGAAAUUGACAUUUUUCUAUGUUUAGUUGUUCCUAUAUUUAAAUCACAAAAUGACUGUAUUGGGAAGGGCUAGUGGGGUCGGGGCCUGUCUGGGUUAUUUUGUGUCCUAAAAGUGAUUUAUAUAAUAUAAUAUAGGGAAAAUUAUAUUACCAUUAUUAAAAUACUAUAGAAACAUUAUAGCUACAUAAACUAAAACACAUGCCCUGAGAGUGGCAAAAAAAAAAGAAAAAAAAAAGAAAAUUUAAUGUUUUGUAAAUUAGAUAGAGAGAGAAACAAAUAUUUAAUAAUGUGCUUGUUUUUCAACUUUGUUAGUUGUGACAUAAAGUACUCCCUUUUAUCAAUAUCACAUUCACGUUGUCUGGAUUUGUGUCUCUAACAAGAUAGUUGAAGGAAACACUUGCCCUGGAAAGACAAUGUAGCAGAUUCAAAUUCACUGGAAUAACAUUUGAAAGAAUACAAUAAUUGAGCUGAGAAUUUCUCCUUAAUGGCGUGUAUUGGCAAACAAUGGCAUUAUUUAUUUAUUUAAUUAAUUUGAUUGUUUAUUUGUUAGCAUUGGAAAAGUGGAUGGGGUUUCUGAAGCCUCAUAAUUUAGUGCAAUCUAUAAGCUAAUGCUUGUGUAUAUAAAAUAAAGCCGAUUUGUUUCCACUUAUACCCUAAAUACAUAUACAGGCAUCCAGUGUUUCACAACACUUUCAGAAAAUUGUUUUGAUUUCUAUCCUAUAAUUUGAAAUGUCUUAUAUGUAGAAACCUUUAUUUUUGGAUUUUCAUGUGACGUCAUCCAUUGUGCACACCUCACACAGAAUAGUUUUAUAUGUAUUUUAAUAAAACCAACUACUGUCUUACAUCUGAAAAUGUUUCUGUCUCCUGUUCCAAUUUAGUAUAUAAUGCUCUUAAAACCAAUACAAGGCCAAUCCUGCUUGUGGAGGGCCAUUGUCCUGGAUACUUUAGCUCCUACCCUUACUAAACACACCUGAACCAGCCAACCAGCUGAAUCAGCUAAUCAAGGUUUUACUUGGCUUACUAGAAACUUCCAGACAAAUGUAUUGAAGUGAGCUAAACUCUGCAGGACAGUGAAACUCCAGGAUUAGGUUUCGACAUCCCUGGUUUAAACAAUUAACUUUUUAAUGUUCAGGUAUAUUACAUGUUAUCUCUACUUUAAAGUAGAGCUAACAUAGGUAGGCUCUGUCAAUCCAGCAAUUGAAAGAACUUUGGAUGCUGGCAAUAAAUGAACAUAUCACUAAAAGUUCAAGAAGAGUUAAGAUGGAAUGUAUUGCUUUAAAAUAGUUCCAAAUAAAAGUAUAAAUAUUCUGUGCUCAACUUAGGAAAUAUAUUAUCAAAAACUAAUUGAGAAUAACACCUAAUAUGAUCAAAGAUUAUUUGUUUGAGUUUUUAAGAGAGAAAUCAGAACACGUUUCUCAUAAUUUAUAGUAGUAUGUACCAGAGAGAAACAGUUACUAUAUUUUAGAGUAUACUAAAGCAUGGAAUAUUUAUUUUUAUAUAAAAAAAAUUACUGUACACAAUUUCAUCGUGUUUGUACUUUUUUUUCAGACAUACAUUGUCAAAGUCUAGUUGCAUUUCCAAAAUGAGAUGUCACUGUGCUUCAUUUUUACUAUAUGUGGUCAUAUUUCUUUGAGUUACUGUCUGUGUUUUUGCUUCACUGUGGUCUUUAUGUGUGUAAGGUCAUGUUUAAAGCAAUAAAGAAUAUUAAAAGUA